AUGGGCGUCCGUGAAGAUAAGUGGAAAUGGGUUGGGAAGGUUUUGGGACCGACAGACUGGUUCUCCCUACUACUACCUGAAAUUGAUCAUGGUCUUGAUAGAGAGUUUGAAAUUGAUGACGAUUCUCGAUGGCCAAAAUUAGAGUUUGAUGAAGUUGACUCUGCAUUGGCUGAUACCCCAAAUGAUAAAGCUCCAGGAGACGAUGGAAUUACUGGCAAAGUUUUAAAGAUGGCAUGGCUAAAUAAAGACUUUAAGGAAAGGUUUUUCAAGCUUCUCCAAGCUUGUGUAAAGUUUGGAUACCACCCAAAAGUCUGGAGACAUGGCAUUAUUGUUGUUAUACCUAAACCUAAGAAACCUGACUAUUCAAAGCCAAGAGCAUACCGACCAAUUUCCUUACUUAAGAUUCCAUCUAAAGUACUGGAAAAAAUUAUACAAAAAAGAAUGACCAAGCUUACAACACACUUACUUCCACCAGAGCAAUAUGGGGGAAGACAAGGUUAUUGUGCUACUGAUGCUGUUUUGGAACUUGUCCAAAGAAUUGAAACUAGUAAAGAAAAAAUUUCAGCUAUGCUCAUUGAUAUUCAAGGAGCUUUUGAUAAUGUUAACAGAAAUAUAUUGGCACACACAAUGGAGGAUAUGAAACUACCCAAAGCACUUAUAAACUGGACGUACCAAUUUGUAAGUGAAAGAGAAGCUAGUAUGCUCAUGGACCGAAGAAAAGGAUCAGUGCAAAAAAUUAGUACUGGAAUUCCGCAAGGCUCACCUAUUUCACCACUACUUUUUUGA